CGGGUGCGGUGGUACAGAGCUACAGAGAAAGAUAUGAACUAAGCUUACGCUACUCUUAUGUUAAGGCUCUGUUAUAAGGGGGGGUCAUCAUUAGUUGCCAGCUCUAGCAGCUAAGUUUUAAUCAAAGGCAUCGCCCGAUUCCAUUCCAAAAGUAACGGUAUCAAAAACUACGUGAAGUGUACUGCUCCAACAAUAACCAACGUUAAUAGAAGGAAGUUGGCCGAGGAAAGAUAGGAACAAAUAUUUAUAGUUAAAAAUCGUCAAAAAUGCGUGAAUACAAAAUAGUUGUCUUAGGUUCUGGUGGUGUAGGGAAAUCUGCACUUACUGUUCAAUUUGUACAGGGCGUAUUUGUAGAGAAAUACGAUCCUACAAUAGAAGAUAGUUAUCGGAAACAGGUGGAAGUAGACGGACAACAAUGCAUGUUAGAAAUUUUGGAUACAGCUGGAACGGAACAAUUUACAGCAAUGAGAGAUUUAUAUAUGAAAAAUGGUCAGGGAUUUGUUUUGGUUUAUUCAAUCACCGCACAAUCGACUUUCAAUGAUCUACAAGAUUUGAGAGAACAAAUUCUAAGAGUGAAGGAUACAGAUGAUGUGCCAAUGGUUCUGGUUGGAAAUAAGUGUGAUUUGGAAGAAGAAAGAGUAGUAGGUAAAGAUCAAGGUUCAAAUCUUUCUCGCCAGUUCAACUGUGCCUUCAUGGAAACCUCUGCCAAAGCGAAAAUAAACGUAAUUGAUAUAUUCUAUGAUUUAGUAAGGCAAAUCAAUAAAAAAUCGCCGGAGAAGAAACAGAACAAGAAGAAUCCGAGAAAAUUUUGUGUGCUUCUAUAAAAUAAAUAAUAUCUGGUACCAAAAAAUAAGUUAAAAGAUUUCAAGACUUAAUUGUAAGACAAUGUGAUUAGGCAAGUGCGGACAAGGAGCCUUUUUCGGGGAGGGGCCUAGUAGCCCUUUUUUUUCCUUACAUGAAUUUAUGCAAUAUAUGUCCGUUAAAUUUUUUCAAUUCAAGGUUGUUAUUGAUUAUAGUUGGAAGUCUACUUAGUGAAUAGGGUAUUUUGAGAUCUUAACUGCCAAUAAAGUGGUGUCAAAUAGAUAAUUUAGGAAUGUGAAUCAAUGGUUUUGCGCUGCAUUCAUGCUAAGACUAUCCAAAAAGGACAAUACAACUGUAUGAUUCUUCAAGAUUUAUUCCAAUUUCUGCUUUGUGAAAUGACAACUAGGCGCAUUUCUGUCGUAUAUUUUGACAAGUAUUUUUAUCAGCAACAAUGAGUUUAGUUGUCAAUUAUAUUGCAAAAUUUAUAAAUGGAUUUAUCUUUCGAUUGUAGUUGUUAAAGCACUUGCAUAAUUGUGCAAAUAUAAAUUUUUAUUGUAGUUUUCUAUUAUCUGAUUAAACCUUGUGAAAUUAUCGAGAAAAUAUUGAUUACGAAUAUUCUGGCACAUUCCAGUCCUGCUUUAAACAAAUCAAAACAACAAAUCCUUCGGUUUUUCAUUAUCUUCUUUUUUUUUCUUAGGAAUCUAUAUAGGGAGUAUGGAAGCUACAAUAUUCAACACACAAAUACAAUCUUGAUCAAUUCAAGUAUAUUUGAAUAAUCAAAAUUUCUUCCUCAUUUAUGCGUGCUUCAAAGUCAAUUGUUUAUCUUCCAAUUAAAUCUUUUUAAAGUGCAUCCUGAUUAUGCCACUAAUUGCACACUUUGCCAUACCUACUUGAAUUUGAGUGAAACAAACAAGGCAAAAUGUAAAUUGUUAUUUUUUCAAGUAGGUUUGGCAAGUCAGUUGGCCAGGACUAUUUUAUCAGUUUUAUAAGUAAGCAUUAUGUCUAACACACAGAGGGUUUUCGCAGAUUAGAUAAUUUUCUGCAAGUGCAAAGUAUACAAGUUAGCCUCAUGAAAACUUGGCAUGCAUACCUCCAUUGUUGAAAAAAAAAAUGCUGAAACUGGUUUUAUUUCUUUAAUAUUGUAUUGAAUUAUGCCCACUUUCAAUUCAAUCAACAUUAAUGAUAAAAACCAAAAUUUGCAUGUCAAGUUUUUGUUUGAAUGCCCUGUAUACUUACCCUCAACUUCUAUUUCAAAUGUUAUUUUGGUUUGACUUGAACAUUUAUUGUAGACAUCCUGUAAAAAAGUUCAAUAUUCUAUAGUAAACAUCUUGAAAUAUUUAAGAACUUUUUGUAAUUAGUUUAUGUUUCAAUUUCAUAUCCAUUAAAUGAUCCAGUUGGUGAUAGAAAGAGCGUAGAAGUAUUCAUCACACUUAAUAAUUCAAAACAAUUUAUGAUUUUGUUGGAAUUCUAUAAAACAGUGCUAAGAUUUGGAAUUGAAAAAAGUUUAAUUCAACUGGAUAAUCUUAUUUAUUAUAUAUUUCUGAAAUAAUUUUCAUUUGCUUGAAAUAAAGAACUAUUUUUGAACAGUUGGAAAAAUUGAAUUUUCUGAAAAGUUUUUCUGUUAUAUCAGAGGAAAUCCACCAUUUGAAAAGUCAAUCCUUUUUAUUUUGUGAACACAACCGAUUUGUUCAAUAUUUUGUUUUUUUCAGUGAAAAAUCAUUCGAUUUAUGUUCUAGUGGAACAUUUCAGCAACUUCUAAAAUAUGCAAACUUAGUGUAAAAAUAUUGUAGCGCUACUUAUUCGGUACACCAUGACUUGAUGAAAAUAUUCAUGCUUCUUGUCAGACUCAGGAAUUGAUUGAAUGUGACCAUUUUCUCAAAUACUCUCAACUUCAUGGAUUUUCAACUUUCUCAACUAUAUUCUACAGGCUGUGUAACUGAAGAAGUUUUUGAAUAGAACUUGUCUAACAAUUAAUCUUUCGACUGGUCAGUUUGAAGGGCUAGAAUCGGCUGAAGGAAAUUUGAGCAUACAUUUUCAAAGAAAAUUGGCCAUUCUUUGAUGGUCGAUUAAGAAAUAGAUCCCUACUUUUUGGACCAGACACUCAGGUUACUAUGUUGAUCCACAAUUCCAUAAAGAGCAAGAGAAUUCGCUCUUGUUUCUGCUUUAUGGAGUAUAUCGGAAGUUUUCUUCGCCAACAUGUGUCAUUAUUUUUGAAGUAUAUUUUUUAUAUUUGUUUCUAAAUCUUAUUCCAAUGAAUUGAAGUGAAAUUUUAAAAUCAAACAUUAGGUUUUGAUAAAAAUAAAAACUUCGCACAAAUAAGUGAAAAACUGAUACUGCAUUUUGGUUCACACACUAAAAAUCAAUUAUUUUAUACUUCAUUUAAAAUUCAAGUAGUAAGACAUAUUUUUAUAUAUAAUAGUUUCAAUUUGUAUAACUCAUAAUUAUUUUACGAGUAAGCUCAACAAUAUGGUUGCUCAUUUCAUUUUUUAAGAUAAUACAUUGUAUAAUACCUUCAAUAAUAAUGUUAAAUCUUCGAGCUAUUGGCACACAUUAAUUUCAAUAUUAUUGUUUAUACUAAUUUGUUAAGGGUAGAAUAUUUUCAAGUAGGCGAUGUAUCUUUAUUUGAAAGGAUCAGUAUGUGGAUAGCAUGGAACGUAUUAGUCCUGAUAUAUCGAAGAAUAUUUUGUUGGGUACUGCGCUUGAAAUGUGUGUCCAUUGGAUGCAUAAUUUUAUUCCGAAAUAAAAUAAGCUAAAGUUUUCAUUUAUGCAUGUUUUCUUGUAUUGACACCAAUAAAUUAGAAAAGGUUAUAAUAUUGUACCUAAUGUUGAAUUGUUAUAACCCAAAUUAUCUGAGUGUUAACCCCAUGUACAUUCACAAUAUUAAUUGUGAUACAUUUCCAUGAAUUCUUGUGAAAUCUAAUAAUGAAGCUCUUUGCGCACCUGCCUUGGCACAAUGUACCAGAUGUGAAUUAGCACCAAAAAGCUCUUCGAAACCGCUCACCAAUAAUUUUUCAUUAUUUUGUUGGUGAUAUACAUAUAAUAUAUAUUUUCUAAUUCACUGAAUCCUUUUUUAGAUUCCAAUCACAAAUAUAUGUGUCGGUUGUCGAUUUCUCCCAUAAAGCAAUUAAAAAAGUUGUAUAAAUCAAUCUUGUUGUUUUUAAUAUAAAUGUAUGUUAAUGUAUUCGAAUAUUGACGCUAAAUAUAAUUAAAAUUCAUUAUU